ACUUCCGGUAAGAAACCGCUAUCUGUCAGGAAAACAUCCCGAGCUGGAAUCCGCUACACGGUCGCAUUCUUACCGUUAGUCCUGUCGGUUGACCGUCAGUUUUUGGGGGUUUGGAGCCUCUCCGGACACACAGACAGAACAUGCCCUGCCGCAGGUAACCGUCCCGGGACUGCCGCUGCCUCUUCAGCCGGCUGAAGGACAGAGCAGGACGGACAGGCGCAGAUGGAGAGACCGGGAAGGCAACUGCUGCUGUCCGAGCUCCGCGUCAGAAACACCGCGUACGAUGUGAGCCUGAGCCGGUCCCUGCUCACCUGGAAGAGACGGAUCUCCAGCCCGGUGUACCAUCCGUUUAGACCCAGUGUGUGUCACAGCGUGUCAGUGUCAGAGAUCAUCUCCGUCAGAGAGGAAGAGGAUGAGAGCAGCAGCAGACAAAGAGACGAUGGCAGCUGGAAAAAGAUCAAAGAGAGAGAAGCGAAGGACUGCAGGCAGGCCUUCACAGUGUUUUACGUGGAGAGGUGUCGGCAGCACCGCUGGCGGCGUGCUGAGGUCACCUUCACGUGUCCAGAUGAGGCGCUGUGUCAGCGCUGGGUCAGCAGCAUCAGAGAGCAGCUCGCCGCCGUCGCCGACAGACCCAAACACCUGCUGGUCUACAUCAACCCGUAUGGCGGGAAGCGACAGGGCAAACGCAUCUACGAGCAGAAGGUGGCACCGCUGUUCGCCCUGGCAGGCAUCUCCACGCACGUCAUCGUGACGGAGUGCGCCAAUUAUGCAAGGGAUCACCUGAGGACGGAGGCGGAGCUGAAGAAGUUUGACGGGGUGGUGUGUGUCGGGGGCGACGGCAUGUUCAGCGAGAUCAUCCACGGCCUUAUCUGGAGGACGCAGAUCGAUGGUGGCGUGGAUCCGAACUGUCUGGAUGAAACUCUUCUUCCCUGCUCGCUGCGCAUCGGAAUCAUUCCUGCAGGUUCAACUGACUGCAUCUGCUUCGCCACCGUGGGCACCAACGACCCCGUGACCUCUGCGCUGCACAUCAUUGUGGGAGACUCUCAGCCGAUGGACGUGUGCUCGGUUCACCACAACAACACCUUCCUGCGAUACUCCGUCUCCCUGCUGGGAUACGGUUUCUAUGGCGACGUGCUGACUGACAGUGAGAGGAAGAGAUGGAUGGGACCGGCCAGAUACGACCUCUCAGGUGUGAAGAUGUUCCUGACCCAUCAUUACUACGAGGGAACAGUGUCCUACCUGCCGGCCAGAGGCACCGUGGGAACGCCGCGUGACGCCGCCAGGUGUCGAUCCGGCUGUGUGGUUUGUCAGCACAACGGGCAGCUACUUUCAGAGAGAGCCGAGAGGUACGAGAUGGACGAGGCCUCGGAGGGCGAGAGCGACGGUGCGUGGAGGACAAUCCGAGGGAAGUUCUUGGCUAUAAACGCUGCCAGUAUGAGCUGUGCUUGUCCUCGCAGCCCCAAAGGCCUCUCACCUGCUGCUCACCUGGCCGACGGCACCACCGACCUCAUCCUGGUCCGAAAGUGUUCCCGCUUCGACUUCCUGAGGCACCUCCUCCGACACACCAGCAAGGACGACCAGUUUGACCUGACUUUCGUCGAGGUCCACCGGGUGCGGCGUUUCCGCUUCACACCACGUCACUGCCAGAGCGACUCGGACCUGGAGCUGGACCUGCGGGAGAGCGGCAAACGGCAGAUCUUCAGCCAGAUCUGUCGGGACCAUCCGGCUUGCGGCUGCACCCCCGCCUACAGCAGCUGGAACUGCGACGGCGAGAUCCUGAACCACACAGCCAUCGACGUCAGAGUGCACUGCCAGUUGAUCAAACUGUUUGCACGAGGGAUCGAAGAACCGACGGUGUUCGAAGAUCUCACCAACCCCUGUGCAAUAUAGAUUCAUGCCCCAGUCGCUCCCUGUCAAACACUGAGGUUGUCGCUUUGCCUCUUCUGACAUCAUCGCUGCCGCCGCCGCCAUCAUGUGUCGCUCAUCACGUCCUUCGCCAGGAGACUCACUCGAUGACUUGUGCUUUCACCCCGCAGUGAUCGUCAGAGCACAGAGAAUGAGACUUUACUCUCUGGGUCCAGUUGAUAGUUUAGGUAAUAAUCAGGAAACUGAACUGGAGAGUGAGGCUUCACCCUCCACGUGUGUUCUGGCUGAAGCUGUUGCCAGCUGUUGCCAGCUG